UAUAACGGGUGAUUUUUUUGAGGUUAGGAUUUUCAUGCAUUAGUAUUUGACAGAUCACGUGGGAUUUCAGACAUGGUGUCAAAGAGAAAGAUGCUCAGUAUGCUUUGACAUUUCAUCAUGAAUAGACUUACUAACGAGCAACGCUUGCAAAUCAUUGGAUUUUAUUACCAAAAUCAGUGUUCGGUUCGAAAUGUGUUUCGCGCUUUACGUCCGAUUUAUGGUCUACAUAAUCGACCAAGUGAGCAAACAAUUAAUGCGAUUGUGACCAAGUUUCGCACUCAGUUUACUUUAUUGGACAUUAAACCAACCACACGAAUGCGUACAGUGCGUACAGAAGAGAAUAUUGCGUCUGUUUCUGAGAGUGUGGCUGAAGACCGUGAAAUGUCGAUUCGUCGCCGUUCGCAGCAAUUGGGUUUGUGUUAUUCGACCACAUGGAAGAUUUUACGCAAAGAUCUUGGUGUAAAACCGUAUAAAAUACAGCUCGUGCAAGAACUGAAGCCGAACGAUCUGCCACAACGUCGAAUUUUCAGUGAAUGGGCCCUAGAAAAGUUGGCAGAAAAUCCGCUUUUUUAUCGACAAAUUUUGUUCAGCGAUGAGGCUCAUUUCUGGUUGAAUGGCUACGUAAAUAAGCAAAAUUGCCGCAUUUGGGGUGAAGAGCAACCAGAAGCCGUUCAAGAACUGCCCAUGCAUCCCGAAAAAUGCACUGUUUGGUGUGGUUUGUACGCUGGUGGAAUCAUUGGACCGUAUUUUUUCAAAGAUGCUGUAUGACGCAACGUUACGGUGAAUGGCGAUCGCUAUCGUUCGAUGCUAACAAACUUUUUGUUGCCAAAAAUGGAAGAACUGAACUUGGUUGACAUGUGGUUUCAACAAGAUGGCGCUACAUGCCACACAGCUCGCGAUUCUAUGGCCAUUUUGAGGGAAAACUUCGGAGAACAAUUCAUCUCAAGAAAUGGACCCGUAAGUUGGCCACCAAGAUCAUGCGAUUUAACGCCUUUAGACUAUUUUUUGUGGGGCUACGUCAAGUCUAAAGUCUACAGAAAUAAGCCAGCAACUAUUCCAGCUUUGGAAGACAACAUUUCCGAAGAAAUUCGGGCUAUUCCGGCCGAAAUGCUCGAAAAAGUUGCCCAAAAUUGGACUUUCCGAAUGGACCACCUAAGACGCAGCCGCGGUCAACAUUUAAAUGAAAUUAUCUUCAAAAAGUAAAUGUCAUGAACCAAUCUAACGUUUCAAAUAAAGAACCGAUGAGAUUUUGCAAAUUUUAUGCGUUUUUUUUUUUAAAGUUAUCAAGCUCUUAAAAAAUCACCCUUUAUAAAGUAAGCACUAGUGAAGAUAUCGGUGCAGAUCUUUGUACAAAUACUAUGUUUAUAGUGUGGCAGCCCCAUUCUAAAAAUCGCUGAAAUCGGACCAUAGGUUUUUAAGGCCCCAUAUAUCGAACUCGAGGACCUCGGUGCUUCUAACCUAAUAUUAUGGUUUCCAACUUUCAAUGGACUUUAUACAAUAUAUAUGACGAAUAUGUGGGUCAAAUUGUGUAUUAUAUAAUAUAAAUAAAGUUAAAUAAAUAAAUUGCGAGAGUAUAAAAUGUUCGGUUACAACCGAACUUAGCCCUUCCUUACUUGUUUAACUUUCGGACAAUACAUAUAUUUUUUGUAUGAGAUGCUAAACCUAAACUAUGUUCAAUCGGAAAUUUUAUUCGGGAUAGGGGCGCAUUUAAUUACUUCGUAACGGGAAUGCAGCAUCUCCAACGAAAAAGUGUUUAAAAGUUUCCGGUGACAUGUCCGACAAUGGCACCGGAGGUUCCAAAUGAAGUAAGUUGAAAAAUUCCUAAAUAAUUACAUAUUAAUAGAAAUUCAUUAUACUCGUAUAUGAAUUUAUUUUAUAUACUGUACCUGUCUUCCAUAGCAGUCAAUACUAACAACUAUGAACGAAUAUUUCGCAUCACAUACUGUCGUUCACCAAAACAAACUUUGCACAAACUUAAAGCAGUUCAUCAAUAUUGUCUACUUAUUGCUUCCGAUUUGAUGAAUAAAAUUGUAUGAAAUGUUAAAUGUAUACAAAAGAGAACAGCUGAUGUUUAUAUUGUCACUACGGGCUUUGACAAAUUUUAUUUGCUACGGAAACACCAAGUGAAGCCAGGUCACUUUCCACUUGGCCCUUCCAACGGAGAGGAGGUCGUCCUCUUCCGCGGCUUCCUCCAGCAGGUACUGCGUCGAACACUUUUAGAGCAGGAGUGGUUUCAUCCAUUCGUACAACAGACCUAGCGAGUGUAGCCGCUGUCUUUUUAUUCGCUGAACUUUGUUAUUGCCGUUGUGUAAAUCAUACAGCACAUUGUUCCAUCGUCUGCGGUAUUCGCCGUUGCCAACAUUUAGAAGACCAUAAAUCUGGCGCAAAACCUUUCUCGAAAACCCCAAGAGUCGUUUCAUCGGAUGUUGUCAUCGUCCAUGCUUCAGCGCCAUACAUCAGGACGCGAGUGCGCUGACUAUUGGUUUGAUGACAGGAGAUAUUUCGUCUUGUCCUCAUUCACCACCAGACCCAUAUGCUUCGCUUCCUUAGCCAGUCUGGAAAAAGCAGAACAAACAGCACGGUUGUUGCAUCCGAUGAUAUCAAUAUCAUCGGCGUACGCCAGCAGCUGUACACUCUUAUAAAAGACAGCUCGUAUUAUUUUUUCCAACAAUAGAUUGAAGAAGUCUAAUGAUAGUGAGUCGCCCAGUCUGAAGCCUCGUUUGGAAUCGAACGGCUCGGAGAGGUCCUUCCCGAUCCUGACGGAGCUUUGUUGCUUUCUUGCGGUGUUGCUCAACGUCAGUUUACAUAACCGUAUUAGUUUUGCAGGGAUACCAAAUUCAGACAUCGCGUUUUAGAGGCAACUGAUGCUAUUCACGACCAGAACGAAAAUACCCCGAUUACACCAAAGCCUAAUGCCUAAGUUGGGAUUGUACCCUUAUCGAGUACACGCCGGAGAUUUCAUAAUGGUAUGGGCUGCCUUUUUUAUGCAGGAAAGACCCCAAUAUGCUAUAUAUCGACGAAAAUGUAUGCAUAGAUGUAUUUGGACUUACUCGAUGAUAUAUUACUUCAAUUUCCAGGAGAAAUUUAUGGGGAUAAUUGGACUUUCCAGCAAGACAAUGCUCCAAUUCACAAUGCAACUCAUACUAAAACGUUUAAAAAAAAUGGAAAAAAUUGGACUGGCUAGCAAAAAAUCCGGAUUUGAGCCCUAUUGUCGAUCUGUGAGGAAGUUUAUCCGCUAAGGUUAGUUUAAAUGGACACCAAUAUAAUACCGCAAAAGAUUAAAAAUGGCAAUACAGCGAAAAUAUAUUUAAAUCAG